CGCUCCGUGCUGGAUGCGUUCAGCUCAUUGACCGGCGGACAAUCCUCAUCAGUACCAGCAGAGACCCCGGAGCUUCCAACAAACCGGCCCUUCAUUUCCCCUCACAAAGCGAAGCGGCACCCUCCACCCUCUCCACCCCGCCAUGAAACAGACUCUGAGCGAACUGAUGAGGAUGAGCAGGAUAUGCCGGAUGGUAUUUGCCACUUGUUUGGGAUCCUUUAUUCUGGUCAUCUUUUAUUUCCAAAGUAUGUUCCAACCAGUCAUGCGCAGGAACCCCUUCAUGGUGGAUGGCUGCUGUAGGAAAGGAUCCCGCAAUGCCCUGCAGGAGCUCUACAACCCCACACAGCCGGAGUUGUCCGGAGCUGCCGUCCUCCACCAGGCCAGGAGGGAUCAGGUAGUGGAUGCCUGUCGAGUCUACAGCGCAUCUAGCCGUAAACGGCGAGUCCUGACACCAGGAGACCUCAAACACCUUGUGGUGGAUGAGGACCAUGAGCUCAUCUACUGCUAUGUCCCCAAGGUGGCCUGUACCAACUGGAAACGUGUCAUGAUGGUGCUCACAGGUCGGGGCAAAUAUAGUGACCCCAUGGAAAUCCCUUCCAAUGAAGCCCAUGUUCCAUCCAACCUGAAGACGCUGAACCAGUACAGCAUUGCCGAGAUUAACCAUCGCCUCAAGAACUACCUCAAGUUCCUCUUUGUUCGUGAGCCCUUUGAGAGGCUGGUUUCUGCAUACCGCAACAAAUUCACCCUCAAGUACAACUCGUCCUUCCAUAAGCGCUUUGGCACCCGUAUAGUCCGGCGCUACCGCAAGAACGCCACACAGGAUGCCCUGCUCAAUGGUGCUGAUGUCAAAUUUAAGGAAUUCGCGGAGUACCUGGUGGACCCUGCCACGCAGCGUGAUGGCCCACUCAACGAGCACUGGCAGACUGUCUACCAGCUUUGCCACCCAUGUCACAUCCACUAUGACCUGGUGGGCAAGUACGAGACACUGGAGGAGGAUGCAAACUACGUGUUGCGGCUGGUGGGUGUUGGCGACUCCCUGCACUUCCCAAGCUACGCCAAGUCCACUCGUACCACAGAUGCCAUGACAGCCCAGUUCUUUAGCAAUAUCAGCACUCAACAGCAGAUCCAACUCUACCAGCUUUACAAGUUGGACUUCCUCAUGUUCAACUACUCCACACCCAGCUACCUCCGGCUGGACUAACAGAAGACAGAGCUGGGACUCUGAGAAUGGUUGCCCUGUUUAAGGAGAGGCAACAAAAUGAGUGAAGGGCAGAGUUUUUUGAAAGCAAACUGAUUUAAAAAACUGUCAUUGUACCUUGCGGGUGUGGAGUCUGGAAAGAACAUAUAAACAGAUGCUGAAAGAAAGAAAAGUCAUGCGUGCUUGUCUGGGCAUAAAUGGGAGGAUGUCCAAUCAACUCUGGGUGAUACAGAAAGCACUGAUUGGAAAAUGUGGGAUAAAUGGAUUAAACGCAUGCAAAGACUAAAAUGUGUGGGUGAAGCAGGUCUUCAAGAUGUUUUAAAAGCAGAACUUAUCCUCAGAGGACGGACUUAAAGAGGGACUCUCCUGAUGAUGUUCCCUACAUGUUUAAACAAACUGUUGACAAAUUAGGCUGCUUCAGAUUCUGCAAAGUAAACAGCAGCCUCGCACGCACCCUGACCCCAAUGCAUCGUGGGAACUAAGCUUAUCUCCCCCUCGCCCAGAUCAAUAGAGAAACUCCGUCAAAUUGUAAGAGACAGUUCAUGUCCUUCGCUGCGCUGCCAGCAUGGUGUGUUAGCACCCAUAACCCUUUCCCUCAUUACAUUCAUACAUUUCAAAGAGAAACUGGCUUGUCACCGCUCAAGGACACCCUGUAAUGGAUGGCUACUGACUUCAUUCUCAAGACCUCUUCAAGUGUAUGGUGGCUUGGCCUUCAGCCAACAGUUUAGACCAAACAAGUUUUCUCCCUGGUCUCUGUUAUUAAAAUGUUGGCAGAAGGGACCUCUCGUGUUACACACUGAGGACCCUGUAAAAUCAGAGGUGCCUGCUGCAGCAGAGAAGAAUGGAAGUGAUUAAUAAAUCAUUGCCUGUAACAAUCCAUGAGCUACAGGAUGUGGUUAGAAAGGUACAGGAUGCGGUCAGAUGAUUUGGGCGCACCAGCUGGGAGCGCAAAGUCUGCCACUGAGUUAAAGAUAAGGGAUAGUCUGUAUGGAUGUGAAAGGAUUACAUCACAUCCAGGGCCACACCCUCAAAGCCCUUGUUCCAAUGACCAAACAUGUCUUUCAGUAAAUUAAGAUUAUCCUUUUGUCUACAUGCUUAGUUUUGUUUUUACUGAAGCAUUGCUGCGAGCAGCAAUUACAAAAUAUUAUUUAAUUUGCUUUGUUCAUUAAAUUAAGAGAAAGAUUUAAUAUUUUGUUUUCCUGGGCUGAUGAACAUUUUAAAAGAUUUUUAAAGUUGAACUGUUUUGUGAAGAGUUUUGUCAUGUUGAUUUCUUUCUUCACAACUUGCCUCUGAUGCCACUACAUCAUUAGUGCAUCACAGCAGUUUCAUUUCUGAAUGGGUGUAUGGUACAUUUCAGCCCAUGGCUUUGUUCCUCUGUGUCUGAGAUCAUCAGUAAUUUGUGGGUGAGUUUCUAUUUCAAACAAAUUGAUGCCAAAAUGGCUGUGAGAGUCUUAGAGUUCCACACUCAGUGUUCAGUGCACAUCAUGGCCCUUAAGCAAAUUCGUGGGAUGAUUACCCCAUCUCCAGCCAUAACAUGAGAACUAGCCGCUGCUCUUAGUGUACAUAUCAAUACCUACAGCCCACAUCACAGAAUCACAGACUGUAUCUCAUACUGUAAUGUGAUUUAUGUUAGCGAUUCUAAGCAAUGUCAAGGUUAAUAACUGCACUCUCCAUCAUGCUGUGAAUUGGAUUACUGGCUGUUGUGUAAGCAUUAUACAGAAGGGAGAGGAGGGAGAGAGAGAGAGAACAUCUGACCUGUCUCUCUCAUACUGAAGAGAGAGAGAGAAAGUCAUUUUGUUUUUUGCACCUCCUCUAAACCACUCCAACUUCAAAGUAAUAUUUUUAGGAUAAACUGCAUCUCUUUGUUGCACUUUAGAAGAAGAAAUAUAUUCUUAUGUGUUUGAGCAUGCUGUAUUUCUCUCUCUCUCUGUUACCAAGCCCUAGUUUAAAAGCAAAAGUAAGGGUUAUUAUUGUUCUGUCUAUUACUCCUGCUGGUAAUGAUAACAUUUAACUCUAAAAAUUCAGUGUAGAGAAGUUGCUGAUACUAAUACUGUUUGACAAUUCUGGAUUGCCAAAUUCUGGCCCUGGAGCCCCAGACCCCCCAAGGACCCCAAAAGCCCCACAUUAUAUGAUUACCAAUUGGUUUGUGGUAAUUUGAUUAAUUGUAACUUUUUUUGGGAAUAUGGGGAUAUGCACCACUAAAACACAAAACUAACUGACGUGAUAUAGGCAGGUUGCACUUAAAUACCUGUUGAGGCCCUCAUGUCAAAUUUGCUUACACAACCCAAUAUGACAAAUUCUCAGAGAUGCUUUAAAAUCUGUAUAAUCAGUAUACACACAGUAUGGCACUUUGUGUAAGACCUCAAUUCAGAGAACAAAAAACUCCCAGGACAGACAUCCAGCAGUGCUCUGUGUACACAGUAGACCAAAGCAGCAUUAGUAGAAUUACAAUGGAAAACCAGAAUUACAAUAUCAUAUAAAUGAAGUAGUUAUUUCAUGUAAUAAGUUCAAAAGACCUUCAUUAUUAUAUCUCUGUGCUUAUAUGGUGCAUAUAAAUGAUGUGUGUCAAUUCAAAGCAAUCCAGAGGCUAUGUAAUAUACUAGCAUAAGAAUGCUGUACAGAAUGCACAAAGACAAGGGGUUAAAGGGGAACCCCAGCAACUCAUUUCUGGCUCCUUGAAGCUACACAAACUUUUGUAAAUAACAAAGUUGCUUCCUUGUGCAGGUUUGAGCUACUGUACUUUAAAGGUGCACUCCGCAGAUUUUAUUUUUAAAUCAAGCGUGGUUUACCUGUCAUUAUUAGUGCUACUCAACCCAUGAAGAGAGUUGUGCAAUGUUUUUUUCGGCUUCGGCUCUGGGAGCUUCCUCAUAGCUUUUAUGGAUUUUUGUCAGAGGUCCUGGUUACAACAAACUGGGGGGUUAAAGACUUGGGUGUACAGGCAAGGAGGAUCAAAUGAAAAAUGCUAUUGGGAAAUACAGAAUUCCAUGUUUGUGGUGCUUGACUUGCUCAAGUCAGGAUAUACAGGCUGCUGCUUUGAUUUUGACCAUUCUAUUUUAAUCAGUUUCUCCUGACUUUGGAAGUGCAACACUUAAUUUUUGGAGUAGCAUCUUUAAUCUAACUUGGCGACCGUAUAGCUUUGCAGUACAGGAAAUGUUUUUAGUAGACAGUUUACCUAGGUAUUUUACUUUCAGACUGAUAGUUAGGCAAACUCUACUUGUUUACUUGAUAGCUCGUACUGCAAUUCCAGGAUGGCUUCUCUAUAAAGUUUUUCUUGUGGACCCCAUGUUUUUAAAUGAAGCUGAGUGAGUGAGAUGUCAGCAGAACUGACAGGUGAUAACCAAAUCUUAUAUUAUAAACAGACACACUCCAGUGGAUGUUCCAGCUAGCUUUUGAAGAAUUAUUACUGUACAUGUGUGCACAUGCCUGUGUGUGGUUUGUAAUGAGAGAACAAUCUUCUGUUUUUACCCUCACACAGACAUCUGGCUUUAAUAAAGAAGAAACCCUCCUGGUCUUGCCUGUAGCCCUGGCCCUCAUCCUCCUGUAGGAACAAUGGCUGUAUUCUCAGCACAGCUUCCUCACAUUAGCACUCCUGCUGAUGUUGAUGCCACGCAGCAUCUUACUCAGCAGUUGUAGGCAGAGGCACGGAUGGGCACAGCACCUCUCCCCUUUAACACACAGACUGAGCCUCAGCUUAAACUGCUCAUUCAGCCCCUGGAUGGAAGACGAACGAUACACAAAGGACCUCUUAGCCUGCAAACAAGCUAUUACAGAGGCCUCUGUUUUCCUCGCUCAACCUCAUUUCAGAAGUGGCCUCCUUUAUAAAAAACACAGACACAAGUCAGUGUUGAUGAUCCCCACCAUCCCUGCAGGAAAAGGGCAGCCUGCUUAAACAAACAGAGCUGGUAUAAAAUCCCCACUGGGAACUAAGCGAGCACCAAGCGGCCCCGGCUGACUCUCUGCCUCACAUGUAAACAAACGAUCGUAGUUCGAAUGCUUUUGUCCCUAUUCUUAACUCAUCAGUCUGCAUUAAACCCAGGCCUGUUCACUGCCCAGUCGUCUCAUACUGUAGGGGUGUUUAUGGGUUUAUUUCUGCUGUUUUUGGACGACGUCUAUCAUUAGACUGAAUUAUCAAUUUGCUGUUUUGCUGAAAGGAACACAGGAAGUCCUCUAAACAUAUCUGAUGACGUUUUUCUCUGGAUGAUGUCAUAUGUGCUUAUUUCUUCAUUUUGUUAUUCAUGCACAGAUUUACACAUCUUUAUACACAGUAAAACAUAGUGUCAUAGCAGGUAGAUCAUUACCAAUGAAAGGGAUACUCUGACAUUUUGGGAAAUAUCUGUAUUGCUUUUUUGCUGAAAGUUGGAUGAUAAUAUCCGUCAGAUAUGGAGCUACAGCCAGGAGCCACCUAAACUAAGCUAGCUGCAUUCACCAAGAAAGCAAACAAGUGUAUUCCCCCCAAAAUGUUGGACUUUGUAGAGCAGAAAUAUCUUAGAGUAUAAAGGAAAAAAAGAUUUCUCUAGUUCCUCAGGUUUUGUUUUGGAUCAUUUUUGUCACCAAAAAUGAAACAUAUGAAAAUAAAUUCUACCAGAAAUAUCAUCACAUCUCAUAUCAUCAGUACAGGGGGACAAAGCCAGGAACCUCUGAUCAGCUUCUCUCUCUCUCUCUGCCUGUCGUUUUUCUGACAUAUCUACAGUCCCAAAGCAGGAUGUUUUUGUACAGUGUAGACAUAAUGUUUUUCCUUCUGCUGAUGUUUUUGGAGCUGUCAUGUUUGGAUGUUAUAUUGAUUAAUUUCUCUAGUUGCCUCACACACACACACACACACACACACACACACACACACACACACACAAUGUAUGGCACUUUUAUCUCUCUGUGCCUUUCAUUUACAGCAACACAGAGACACAGAGACGUUUCAGAACACCUUCCCUCUGUGUCGCCUGGGCCUUCCUCCAUACGUACAUACACACAGACAUACACACAUACACACAUACUUAUCACUUGGUCUAUGAAUGACAAAAAACAAAGAAACAGCAGUACGUUUUGCUUGAAGGAUAAUUCUAGUAUAUUACAACAGGUCAGCUGUUGAGAUCUGGGAACACAGGAACAUUACAAUCAGACAGGCUGAAAAUGAAACCAACAUUUAUCCACUUAAUUCAGAGGAUGAACCAAAAGGGAUGAACCAAUCAGGGCUUUGUAUACAGGAUUGUCAUCCUUUUACCUAGCUACGUCUAACUAGAAAUGGAGGAAUCUCUGUCUGUCUGAAAACAGCUCAUCCGACUGACUUCAAGAUUUGUUGUUGUAUUGCUGAGGAAACAGGGAGGUGCAGUGUCCACUGUGAAGUCUUUUGGAUGACAUGUUGGUGAGAAAAUCAACAGACAGAGAUUCCUCCAUUCAUUUUAAACCACAAAAUAAAAAUUACAUUAACUAGUGCAGUGCCUGUUUCUUUCAUUAAUUUUAAACUGGACCUGCUGUUCUCUUUUAAAUUGAGACAUCAUCACCCUUUGAUGAUGUCAAAGGUCACGCUCCAGUUUGACAGACACUGCGCUAGUUCAUGAAAAAUAGCAGACAGACAACAUACGCUCACAGCAAAAAUAAAAACUAUUGGAUCUUACUGAAGAAUGUUAGCUGUUGUUCAGCUUCACGGCAUGAACACAGUGUCAGGCUGUCAGAUUGUCUUUUGUAAACAUACAUCACAGUUUACAGACCAACUGCUGGUUUUCACUUCAGCCUGCUGGACCACACAGACUUUUGAUAAUCUGACUAAACUGUUGGCUCUGACUACGCAUGUUCCUCUGAUGGCUCAUGUUUCUUGCCCCUUCCAUAUUUUGUUGUAGUGCUAUUGCCUGUGUCCCUGAUCUCAGCAAUUCAUUUCUUAUGAAUUAUGACAGAAUUGUCCUCCAGACAAGCUGCUUCAAGUGAUUUCUACCAAGAAGCUUGAUGCUAUUUUUGAUAAGUUCUUUGUUGUUUACAGAGCAACAGUAAGAAACAUGUUGUGUCCUUCAGGUGUCCCGCACAUGCCCAGUGGAACACAUUGAAGUGACAAACAAAUGAACAUGUUAUCACAUGUUAACAGAAUAUGUUAGAUUAGUCCACAUUAACGGGGCCGUGGCUUCCGUGAGACAGCUAGGUUUCAUCUUGAGCGGCCUCCUUUGUUAAGCAGAGGUGCUUAUGGCACCUUCACAUGCUGCCAGAUGGUGUGGAUAUUGUGGUGUAACCUGUACAGUAAUGUGUGUGAGUAACCUUUUGAAGAAUGAGUCCUAGAUCAGCUGUGUCUGUGAAUUUAUACCAUGUCAUCAGCAUUUUUCACCAUUGUGUCUAUCAGAGUGCCUAAUGUGCUGUAACUACAAGUGGAGCAGCUGGAUAAUGGCUGCAUGAGCGUUUGAAGGUGGUGUAUAUGUGUGUGUGUGUGCGUGUGUGCGUGCGUGUGUUGACACUCUGUGCUGUACCCGCUCUGCCUUAGAGGGAAGGCGAGACUCAUUCAAACAGGCGCCAUUUAUUUAUUUAUUUAUUCUCAGACAACUACCAACACUUCUUCGUCGCUAUCACCAUGGCAACACACCUAAACUCUCUGUAUCUCUCAUUUCCUCCUGGGACAGCCUCUCGCUGUCCUGUUGUACUCAGUUCAUUUUCAGGCAUACUCACUGAAAUCAUGAAUAAUUGAGUGUGUGCUGUGCACUGAGUGUGGGAGAGUGGUGUUGAUCCUGCAGCAGCACAACCCCACCGCUCAUCCCGUCUGAUGUUUUCACAAUAAAAUAACACUGAAAACUCA